UACUACACAGGUUUGGCUCAGUAUUCCUGGUGUUCAGCACAGUUCAACUUCAAGAAGAGAUCUUAAUUUUUAGAAAUAAGGCCCUUACAUGUCCAGUUGGGACAGCCCACCCACGCUACUGGCACAAACUGUACCCAAGGCUUCUCAUGAUUUCAUAGGCAUGGACAGCCUCUUUCCCUCGCGCUCCCUAAUGACCGGCGCGUUGAACUCGAAGGAACAAAUGACCAAAUAAGGGCUGCGCUCUUCACCGUUCGGGGGUGGUGCUGAAAGAACAGCUCCUAGCGCGCGGGCCCUCGUGACCGCGUCUGCGCGGGGACCCUCCGUCCGAGACUCCCGAGGGGUCAGUUAGACUCUGCAGAGACAUGAAGCUCCCAAGUUGUCCGCUACACGCGCAGGCUUUCCACGCGGAGGGGCGUUUUUAGGCGGCUUGAGGAAAAUGAAGAGGCAGAACGUGCGGACGCUCGCCUUAAUCAUUUGCACCCUGUCCUAUUUGCUAAUUGGAGCGGGAGUGUUUGACGCGUUGGAGUCCAAGCAGGAGAAAAUCCAGAGGAAAAAGCUGGAUUAUCGGAAAUUUCAGUUGAGGAUUAAAUACAACCUGAGCAAAUCCGAUUUCGACCAAAUUGAAACGGUGGUUUUGCUCCUAAAGCCGCACAAAGCCGGAGUACAGUGGAAGUUCGCCGGGUCUUUUUACUUCGCCAUCACUGUGAUCACAACGAUAGGUUAUGGCCAUGCUGCUCCCAGCACGGAUGCGGGGAAAGCGUUCUGCAUGGGCUACGCUCUGUUGGGCAUCCCGCUCACCCUGGUGAUGUUCCAGAGCCUGGGCGAACGCAUCAACACCUUCGUCCGCUUCCUGCUCCACAAAGCCAAGAAAUGCGCUGGCCUGCGGCGGCCGGAAGUCUCCAUGGCCAACAUGGUGACCAUCGGCUUCUUCUCCUGCGUAGGCACCCUUUGCGUGGGGGCAGCCGCCUUCUCCCGCUAUGAAGGCUGGAGCUACUUCCAUGCCUUCUACUACUGCUUCAUCACCCUCACCACCAUCGGCUUUGGUGACUACGUGGCCCUGCAGAAACACAACGCCCUCCACAAUGACCCCCAUUAUGUGGCCUUCUGCUUUGUCUACAUCUUAAUGGGCCUGACGGUGAUAGGAGCCUUCCUCAAUCUGGUAGUGCUGCGCUUUAUGACCAUGAAUGCUGAGGAUGAGAGGCGGGAUGCCGAGCAGCGGGCCCUGCUGUCCGGAGACAAACAGAAAGCUCCACCUCCUCGCCGGGCCAAAACCCAGAACCCACCGGUCACUGAACAGGACACCAGGAGGCGGGGCCUAAAGAGCGUCUAUGCUGAGGUGCUCCACUUCCAGACCAUCUGCUCCUGCCUGUGGUACAAGAGCCGGGAGAAGAUGGUGAUGCUCCCGCAGGACAUGUCCUUCAGCGAUGCUCUGAUGGAGCAGGGAGAAGUCUCGCCCAUGCACUUCUUUGAGCCUGGCUCCACAGGCUGUGUGUGCAGCUCCCAGCGCUGCUCGGCCGUCAGCACUGUGUCCACCGAGCUGAGAAGCAUCUCCCCCUUUAGAUUGCUCUCCAAGAGACGCAGCUCCGUCUAGACGUCUAGCUCAGGUGUUGAUAGGUAGAAGCUGACUAAAUCACUGAGUUACUGUAUGUUUCUCCUAUAUGUGCAUGCAUUCUUGUAGCAAAGUUUAAAGGUAUAAUUUGGUGAAAAAGCAAAUGUACACAAUUGAUCCUGACCGAAAAUAUAGUUAAUCAGACAUGUCUAUUGUCCAAAGUUUGCUUCUGUAGUUUUGGACUGGAGCUACAAGACUAAUGUACAUACAUAGCUAACAAGUAAUGGAAGCUUUUCUCUGUUUUACUGAAGCUCAUAUCUCAAAAUUUCCCACCUUUGGCAAGGGAAAAAAAAACAAAAACACCCACUGAACUGGGAAUUCCUAUUUAGAACUCCUACUCUCCAAGCUAAGCAUAUGACGUCAAACCAACAUGGCUGCUUACACCAUCAACAGAAAUAAACUUCUCUACUUUUAAAUAUUUAUUUUAGAUCAGUGAACAUUCAAACACAGUAGUUGGUUAAGCUACAACACUGAUCAUAAAGCUCCCCUUUGAGAAGGUAAAAUGUUAAAGUUCUCACUCAUAUCAUAAACGUUAGCUGGCUAGCUUCUUACUAAUAAUACUCACUUUCAAGGUUCAUCCGUGUUUUUUUCCCACUGUGCAGCAUGCAUGUGUUGAGGUUGUAAAUAAUGCAAUCCUGGGCUUUGACUUCCCACCUCAGAGCCAAGUCAGAUGCAGCAUUAUAUCCUAUGAAUUAGCAUCAUGCAAACUACAGGCCUAAAUCAUCACAUAUUUGUCUCAAACUGCAUAGAUGUGCUUAUGUGGUCUGACAUACUCCUAUGUACAGACUACAGUAUAUUACAUAACUAAAAAAACAGCAUAAAUCAGCAUAGCUGGUCAGCAGCAAAACCAGCAUUUUGUUGCUGUGGGACAAAAUCUUAUAUCUCCAAAAACGUCUUUACAAGAGAAGGAAAAAACCUUUUUUAACUUUGAAUGGAAGUUAAUGGAAUACAAUUUUUUUCCAAGUCAUUUUGCAUCAUUUCUAUUGAUCUUUUUCAUGAUGAAAUCUUAACACAGUGUGAAGAGAAGCUGGUAUUUUUAAACUAUGUUUUUUUUUAUGCUGGCGUGCUGGUCAGCAGCAAUGGAGACUGUUAUGCUGAUCACCACUAAAACAGUAUAUGCUGUGUUUUGAUGCUGGUAUGGUGGUCAAGCAGUGUGACCAUUCUAGGUGACCAGCUAAGACCAGCAUAAACAAGAUUGAACCAUCUUAGAUUAUUCUUUCAGCAGGACGUUUAAUUCAUUUUUAGAGAUAACAGUAUAUCAUACAAUGUCAAGCAAGUCUAUUUGAAGUUGUCAACACAACGCGGUUUGAGGCAAGCGUGUGAUGAUCUCAACAUGCAGUUUGCGUAGUGCUAACAGCUGUAUUUAUUUAUUACUUGUUAGCUAAAUAACCCUUGUGGCUAUAGGGUAAAACUAGGGUAGCAAGUGCCUUGCCAAAUCACCUACAUUUUAUAUACCAAUAUGUACUUUUUUUUCACCAAACUAUUCCUUUUAAGUACAAAGAGGCAAGUUGGAGUAGUUUAGGAAUUGUUGUGUCUCAUGGACACAGUACUGCUUAUGUGUGAAGAUGGGAUGCACACAAAGGAGUGUAAUAAUGGACUUCUUGCUACUUGAGAGUUAGGCAAUACUCCUUGACAUAGUGCAAUACACUGUGCAAAAGCAGUAUUUUACCAGUGCUUUAUAACAAUGACACUAAUAACAUACUUUAUUUUUCUCCAUUAAAAUUUGCAAACCUGUACUUUUCAUGUAUUACAUAGUUCUAGCAUUUCAAAUUGAUUUAAAAUGUCUGUGAAUCAUAUUAUGUAAAAUUGUCUGUCCCACAUUGAUUUCUUUCUGUUGUUUCAUAUAAUCUGUUGUUUUAUGUCUGUAUGAACUCAUUCCAUCUCUGUUUUCUUUUGUGACCAGUUCCUCUUAAAAAUUCUAUGAUUAUAUUUUGUUUUAAAAGUUUAAUUUGUAUGAUUUCAGGUAAAUAAAGAACACCUUUAAUGUACUGUAGAUUUA